CGAUUUCGAAUUUGACGUAGUGUCACUCAUGCUUACAUAGGUUGUGUUUUUAAUACCUACACGAAUUUCGAAAUAUUAAGUCUUCGUGAACGGUAUCUAUAAGCGAUAAGUUUAAUUUUACAGAAAUAAUCUAAAUAUGGCAUUCUCUAUGUUCCUUCGCACAUCUGCUUGCACAAGCCGAAUAUUAUCUCAGCAUAUGACUAGAUUGGGAACACAGCCGGCUCUGAAGCCCAUUGACACUCAAAGAACUAUAGCAACUAUUAACUCGUUAAAGAAUACUUUGUUGAAGUCUGAAACUACACCCAUUCUGAAUUCGGUUCGCUCGUUCCGCACAUCAGUGGUUAGACGAUCAGCUGAAAAAGGUCAUGAUCACUCGAAGCUGUGGGUGGUUGAGAGGUUAACAUCUGUACUUUUGGUGCCUCUCAUUCCCAUAGCAUUAAUAGCACCGAACAAAGUAUUCGACUCACUUCUGGCUAUCCUGGUUACUGCCCAUAGUUUCUGGGGCCUGGAAGCAAUUGCAGUUGAUUACGUGAGGGCGAGUAUCUUCGGUCCUGUUAUCCCCAAGAUUGCCAUCGGUCUUGUCUACCUCAUCUCCAUUGCGACCCUCGGCGGGCUCUUCUACGUUAUUACCCAUGAUAUUGGAAUCGCAAAUUCUAUUAGACAAUUUUGGGCCAUCAAAUCUGGACAGAAAGCAUAAAAUCAAUUAUUAGUAUUUUUUUUUGUAGGCAAAACGUGUUGUAAUUUUUCAGCUAUUACAUAAUGAUGAAUUGUUUAUUUAUUAUAUAGAAUAGUAAGUUAAAACGAUUAGUUGUAAAAAUAUAGUAUUCAAUGAGCUUUUCUUAAUUUUAAAAACAUGUUUGAUUUUUGAUCUACAUAUUUCGUUCAUUGUUUCUGUUUUUUUUUUUUUACUGUACACAGGUUUAAUGUAUUAUGCAUAUUAGUUUUAUUCCUUUGUAAAAGGAAAAAAUUAUCAUUUCUAAAUUAUCAGAUAAUGUUUUGUGGUACUUAAUGAAUAGCACAAUUACUAAGAAAGUGUCGGAAUUCACUAUCAUUAAAUGAUUCUUAAUUAAUGAUUAUUUAAGUCUAAAUUAUUGAACUUUUUGAAUUUCGUAUAUACAAUCACAUCUUAAACAAGCUUUUUUUUUUGAGUUUGACUACUGCCACCUGGCUGCUGCUGUGUUGACAAAUUUUCUAUUACUAAAACCAUUUAUUAUUGUUUCGAUUUUAUUUCAAUAUGUUAUAAGAUAUUCCUUUCAAUAUAAAAACAUGGUUAUUUCAAAAAUAAAUUUUUAAAUAAC